AUGGGCUCUGUUCAAGCACCUAUGAAAAUAAAAGUAGAUGUUAAUAAAAUGUUGGGAGAAUACAGAUCCAUAGAAUGUACCUUUACCGUUACCGUCACCAAAGGUCCUCGCGGACUGGGCCUGAGUGUUUCUGGCGGAACAGAUUCCCGUGGAGCCUGUCCAGGCCUGAUACGCGUCAAGAGAUUGUUUCCGCACCAGCCCGCUUGGGCCACCGGCAGGCUAGCACCAGGUGAUCUACUGCUGGCUGCCAAUGGCUGCACUCUCACCGGAUUAUCAAAUUAUGAAGCGCUUGAGGUCCUCCGUACAGCGCCCGCAACAGUGACGCUGACAGUGUGCCGUCCUCCAGGGCAGGACUUUGACAGGCAGUCCCCAACUCCUAGCGAACCGCCUCCGCCGCCGAGACGAGUUGGAAGUUGCGGAGCAGGCAGCGGAAUGGUUGGAAUGGGCAGCAGCGGAUUAAGCAGCGCCGAUAUACCGCCGCCUUUGUCUCCGAUGCUGCUUGAUGGGCCGUACGGGGAAUUUGAUAUAGUCAUGAAAAAGCGUAGCGGAUCAUUAGGUUUUACUCUACGUCGUGAAGACAACAGCGUACUCGGUCAUUACGUACGAGCCCUUGUUCGCGAACCGGCCCUGUCCGAUGGACGUUUACGACCCGGAGACCGCAUUCUGGCUGUCAAUGGAGUGUCAAUGUGCCAACUUAGCCAUGAAGAAGCUGUAGCCUUCUUACGAAGAUGUGGAGAUGAAGUAACGCUAAAAUUAUAUAGAGACUCCGCACAGACUCCCGUGGGAGCUGUCUCGCCUACUGAGUCCGAAAAGAACGAUUGCUCAGCGCGGUGGCGGACGGCGAACGGCGACAGCGGAGGACGAUCGGCGGUCAGGACUCAUUUAAGCUCAGGUUGUUAG